AUGUCAAAGGCAAUUGCUGUAACUCUCCCGACAACAUUCCACAGAUAUCACAUAUGGCAUAUCUUGAAUAAGAUUACAAAGAAACCCGACAUUGGAGAAUGUUUUUCGAAAAUGUGCAAAUGCAUAUGGGGUAUGGACACGAAAGAAGAAUUUGAUGCUAAAUGGGAGGAAAUCAUCACAAACAAUGGGCUGAAAGACCAUGUGUGGCUAAGCUCAAUUCAUGCUAUGCUGGAGAAUUGGGUUCCAUCAUAUGUAAAACAUGUGUUUUUAGCUGGGAUGUCAAGUAGUCAACGGGCCGAAAGCUGUCAUUCAUUUUUCAAACAAUAUAUUAACCGAAAAAACACAUUGAUGGAAUUUAUUGUACGUUUUGAAAAAGCUCUUGGUUCACAGAGACACAAGGAGUUAAUGGCUGAUCAUGUUGAUAACAACAAAAAACCUCCACUACCAUUUCAAACACCAAUGCAACAUCAAAUGGGAUGCAUUUACACUCGGGAAAUUCUUGAAAUGUUUGAAAGGGAAGACUUCAGAAGUCUUUUAUGCUUGUUCGAACUUGUAGAGCAAGAUGAGACGCACUGCAGAUACAAAGUAAGUGAGCGGGUUGAGCAUUUGCCAGACAAGUACAUAUUGAAACGAUGGCUUCAAAGUGUGAAAAGUGGUGUAAUAUAUGAUAUGAAUCACAAAGAAGUUAACGAUUGCGUUGAUGGUUUGCUUUCGGUUAAGAGAUUGAAAGUCUACAAAGUUGCAAGUGAUUUGAUUGAUUCAUCUUUGUUGUGUGAUGAAGGUUUUGAGUUGCUGGAAAAAUCUUUUGACGACAUUCGGGGGAAGCUUACAAGGUUAGUGUCAUCAAGAGCUCAUGUCGAAGAAGAACCCAAUGGAGAUGUCGGAACUAGUUAUCCCCAACUGAGAAUCAAAGAUCCACAUUGA